CUGGCAUUUCUCGUAGAUGGUGAAACUUUCUUUAUAAAAUGCAGUACAUUUUUGAAGUAUUUUUAUUUAGCCUGGGUUUGCAAAGAUCCACAGCUACAAGUUUGCCGAAUGAGCAAAUUGAAUACCAAUAUUGUAGUAGCUACAUUUGCGAAUCAGUCAGAAUGAUCUUACAAGAACUGGUUGUUCUGGAUAAAAGAAUAAAGAGACUUGAGGAUUGUUCUUACAAAUUCGAAAAUUUAAAUAAACUGUGGGAAGAAGAACGAGAAAUGGCCGACCAAUUUGAAGAUCUGACUACUAAACGAGUGGAAAUGGAGGCAGCAAUCCAGAAAAUCAACGUGACAGUCAGGGAUCUGGCAUUUAAGAAAAUUGGAUCCAAAUUUUAUUAUAUAGAAGAGACCGAGCAGCGGAGCUGGAAUGACUCUCGGGCAUUCUGUCUCGAUUUGGGUGGGCACCUUGUUAGUCCUCAAAGCCAGUCGGAGUUGGAUGCCCUUGGUAAGAAAUUAAAAAAGGAUGAAAAUUUAUACUGGACAGAUAUCCACGAUUUUUCCACGGAAGGCGUGUUCAUAUCAGACACAACCGGAGAGAAACCAAAAUUUAUAAACUGGCGACAAGAGCCAGAUAAUUGGAAGAACGGCGAAGAUUGUGUUGAAAUCUCGAAUAAGUGGUCCAUGAACGAUAAUGACUGUUCUUCCCGAAUAAACUUCGUUUGUGAAAGUCAACUUUUAUGACUUUAUUUUUUAUUAAAACAAAUGUCAAACGAAGGUGAAAAAAUAAUAAGUAAUAUAUAUAUGGUGUUUCCUUUUCCACGUUGCAAACUUUUCCCUCUGCAAGGUAAAAAAACUAAAAAAUGUAUGACGAGCGUAUGAGAACGGAAAGAGUGCCAACAUUUUUAAGUCACUACUUAUAAACAAGCGUUAUAUGGACAGCUUUUAUUCCAAGCUAAAGUUUAUCUGCCUUUGCAGCUAUAACAAAUAAUAUAAAAUUCUCUAAAACGACCCUUCAUCAAUAUGUAAGCGUAAUUUUUAAGACAAUGAAGUUAUGUCAAUUUUCCAGCAUCUAACAAAUUAAACCCGAAUUUCUGAAAUAAUAAUUUUAUAUGUUCACAUAUUUAUAAAGUAGUUGGACUUUUCUAGAAUAUUUUUUCAUACUCUUCCUAUGGCAGAUAUAUGAAAUUAUUGAUCCAGCCCGUCCCGACUUAUAUGCUACCUGCAACAGCGAAGAAAUCUUUGGAAAAAGUUUCAUCCACGCUAAGCUACUGGUUUUGCGUAGAAACGGACGAACAGAAAUGGCUAUAUAAUCUAUAUAUCGUGGGAAAUGUUUGCUUUUAUGCCUUGAAAACUGUACACAGAUAACCCGAUCUGAAAGGAAAUAAAAAUAAUACAUAUAAACAAGCGUUAUCUCGCCCUCUCUCGCUAUAUGGUCAGCUUUUAUUGAGUAAUGUCGUGCACAGUAAUAUAUUUUAAUAUAUUCCUUUAUACAUUUGUAUUAUAGCGAUAUGUUGAUUUCCAGUUCUCCCCCAG